UGCUCUUCUGUGAGUCACGGGUAGAAGGGGUUGAGAUGGAUGUAUGCGUGGCCUAUUUCGACGUGGCCAAACGCCGCCCUGUCCAGCACUGUCACCUCCAGGUUGCUCUAUACGUCACACGAAACCUGUGACACACCUGUCGCGUUGUCUCGCUGUGAACGACCCACCUGAUAUAUUGGGUUCUUGUAGAGAUCGACUUCGAUCUCCAUGGUCUCGAGGUAAUUGUACUUACCACCCGCUCCCUCCUCGGGCUCGGUGGUCGCGUCGGCCCAUAGAGGCUCCUCGGUCUUCUUGGAAUCUCUGACGGAAGCGGAGGAGACACAAACAUAUCACCUUAGUCGACAUGACCUUCCAUAGCAGCUGACCUUCCAUAGCAGACCUCAACCAAAGGCUGUGACUGUGGUGUGACCACGGAGCUGUGAAGGCGAACACCUGAAAGGCACACCCAGACGCAGUUGGAAUAUGUGCUCAUGCAUCUCUCAGUCGGCUCACCCAUGACAAAGAGGUCCACAGUGCAGAAUUUGCUGCGCGGGCUGAUGUCGGCGCAAAAUGGGUAGCUGUCGAUCUCCUUCUUGGGCACCAGCUCAAAUGAACACAGUAUCUUGGCCCUGAUUGCUUGAGUUUGUUCACCCUCGAUGUCGAACCUAAACAUGUAAUGCCGAGAAACGUACACGGACACACACAUCUCGGCGCUUAAAACGGAGCCGUCACGGGCAGACCAUUUUGGAUCGUCCAGCCACUCCUUCGGGAUCUUGUUUAAGGGAUAUCGCAGCGACCCCAGCAGCUCAUCGCUCCCAAUCCAGUCGCAGUCAUAGACUUCCAGCAGCAGGUCGGGGGCGAGGGCCAAAUUCUCGGGCAGUGACAGCUCGAACUCUAGCGCCUCAAACCAGCACGGCAUGAGUGCCUGCUUGAUGACUUUCGUCAUGCGAGACUCCCCAGCGAGGGAAACCUUGACAUAUGGGUCCGACAGACCGUCCACAUCAGAGAUGGGGAGGUUCACAGCUUGAUAUAGAAAAGUCCUGGACAGUUGCAAGGAAGGAAAUCGCCUCGACACUGCUGAUCCUAGCUACGUAGAACCGACGAACCUGCAAACAUAGCGUGAUAGACGGUACUCCAUUCGUGGCUUCCGUGGCCGGGCAGCAAUCUGCAACCGCAGUACAUACCGUCAGCCUUUCGUCGACUGACCGCACACACGUACCUGGCUGGCCGGAAUGCAUAUGCACGAGGCAAGAAGGAAGCCGCCCGUCUUCUGCACGUCGUCUGUGGUGCUCCGCACAGGCUUGAGUGAAUACCAUCUCGGCUUGAAGUUGGCCUGCAUCAUCUGUCGGACCGGCAGCGUCACGUACGCCGUCUCCUCCGACUGAAGGCCCCAAAUGCCCUGACGAAUGGAAACAAGAGAGAAGAGAGCGAGUAAAAAGCAUGAAGACAUGAGACAAGGGCUGGUCGAUCGAGCACCUUUGUGUAUAGAUUGAUGAUGAGAUCAUAGGACAUUGAGGGCUCGGGGAGAAAGAGCUUCUCGGCUUCCAUGCGACCCUGAGACGGCGAACAACUGACGUCAACCAUAGUCAGUCACAACUGGAUGUGCUGACUUACGUCUUUGUCUUUGAAUAUGAAUGCACCCGAUCGCUCCUUCAAAGCCGGCAGACGAAUCACCUUCGGCCCUAUCUGAACCUCGACCUGCACAAACAUUCAUGCACAGAACCUGAAGAAUGCAAGACAGCCUCAUUUUCUCUCCAUACCUGCACUUCGGUGGGCAGGUUCCCCCCCACGGCCACCCCCGAGACCUCAUACAAGUCCACCCACAGCUCGUAUUCCUGCAGCUCGGGCUCCGUCACUGGCGCACACUUCACCACCUCAGCUGGACAGUACAGUAAACAAGUCAAGAAGAGGAUCCAGCCGAAAUUCUCGGCACGGUGUUGGCCUCACGUGUCGGGCUGGCCAUCUUUUGGACCGAUGCUGAUAUUAGGAUUCUCCCGCCGUAGCUUGUAGGCUCCCUCCGAGCCGCGCUCAUCAUGCCGGCAACCUUCCUGACACAGGACAAGGGUGAUUGCCCAAGACGGGCAGGCCGGCACUUGCCUCUACUUGAGGAAGCCUUCGGCCGGCGGGUGCCAGUAGAAGUUGACCCAUCGCGGCUCCAAAGCCUGUUUUACUAUCUCCGAGAAGCUGCGGGCAAGACGGAGCACAAACACAGCAUUACAUGGUGUCUGGGCUAUGGAUACGAACAAACGAAUGAGAGUACCCGAGAGUUGUCUUUCCGAUCAGGUUAUGCUUGCCUGACUCCUCAAAAUCCCACACUUCGACCUGGAUGGUGUUCUCCAUACACGGCACCACCUGAUACGGAGGAAUAGGACGGCUUGGCAUGCGAUGGUCUUUUUGUGACAGUGUGUCUCAUAUGGCGGCCCUCACUCACGGCUGGCAGCUUGAUGGUCUGAUUGAAGUUGGGAUGCUGAGUAUUGCGAAACACCUCCGUCGACAGGUUGACACCCAGGAAGCGAACCGUCACGAAAGGGUCCCAAUACUGAUGCUUUGCUUCACGGCGCCGCUCAUCACUAGCCAUCCAGGCAAUGUCCUGACCUCUGCAAGCAACAACAGAAUGUUCUUCGUUGCGUCUCUCGGUUUGUCUGACCGUCAUACUUGUGUACAUUGACGCACAGGUGGUAAUACGUCAUUCUCAGCUCUGGCGUGGCCAGCACUCGGUCCAUCAUCGACUUGCCCGAGUCGUCUUCCAUCUCGCCCGCCUCGUCCGUCGGCAUCUGAUCGCCUGGGCCAAACACACCUGCACCAAGACGCCCAUGCAGAGGCAUGGCAACAUCUGUGUUGUGUGAGUAGAGCUACCGAGAGACACUUUGAGGAAUCCCUUCGGCUCUGACGGUCUGUCGGGCUGGGCGAGAGCAACCCAUUGCCGCGACAGGAAGUGCUCGUUCUGCCUGUAGAUCAUUUCAUACGAAAAGCUGUACCUGCACCAGCACGACAGAAAGCCACAGAACCAUACAUACCCUCCAUUCCCCUUCCCGUCUCAGCCAGCGCCUACAUGCCGAUCAUCUCCUGUUUGAAGAAGGUGGCGUGAAGCACCUUGAUCUCGAUGCCAGGCCGCUGGAACUCCGCCCGAUCCAGCGACACAUUACUAAACAGAAAUGUCUGCUGGAAAGGACACGACGCCGUUGACUUCUUCCGAGGCGUGGCCCGCGUCUCCCCUGCAGGACAGGUGUGAGUCAAUAAGCAUUGCAGUGGCAUCUCUGCAGUGCAGUGUCUGUCUCACCGGCCACAGUGACCUCCACCAUUGGGUUCGGCAUCUCCGAGCGGGCCACAUUGCUGCGCUUGGGCGUCCAUCGUAGAUCCUGGACCUCGAAUAUCUCCACCUUCACGACAUAGUCCAGCCUCUUCGCCAUCACGCUGAGGGCAAAAGGGCGAAGCGGAGAGAAGAAGAAAGAGGCGGAG